GUCGCACUCCAAGACAUGUGAUGUGAACAAUUUAUCCUAAUAUAACAGUAAGAAAAUUCUAGCUCCGGCCAUACGUAGCAUUAGAAAAUUGAUAAACCUUUUGUGUGAAUUAUUGUUAUAUAUAAUUCAACAUUGUUAAUUUGGAACCAUGGACAUAACUUGUUGCAGUUCAAUAAAAAAUGGCUGCAAAACAAGUUGUCCUUCCAUUUUCUCUCAUAUUGGCUUUGGGAUUUAUCCCUUUACUUGUGUUUUCUGCACAGGCAAUUCCAUUUGAAAGAUUGGAAUCUUUAAGAGUUAUCAAAAAGGUUAACCAAAAUGGUCCUUUUCUUGGACUUAUCACAGUGUAUGCACCAGAAGAAGAAGCUUUCUUUAAAACUGGUGUUUUUAGGCCUGAUCCUAGACACCCCUUUGUCGACUUAUCAGGUAGACGUUUCCGGAUUGGGAAAGUUGAGCGCAAAAAAGUCAUUUAUGUAAAAUGUGGAGUUGGAUUGGUGAAUGCAGCAGCAGCAACACAGCAGAUGUUGGAUCUGUUUGAUAUAAAAGGAAUAAUCCAUUUUGGUAUCUCUGGUAAUGCUAACAGUUCUAUGCAAAUUGGAGAUGUCACAAUCCCAUGGCAACUUGCACAAACAGGGCUUUGGGAUUGGCUGAAACCAAAUGCAACUAUGGAACCAAAUGACUUUGCUCAAUUUGAUUUCAAGAGCUAUAAUGAUCCAAAAGGAGGGGAAAAUCAGUUGGGAAAAGUUGGAUAUAGCACUGAGCAGUUUUACUCAGUUGCAGGGGAGGUCAAUGUGCCUCAAAGACCAGUUUGGUUUAACAUAACCAAGAAUUGGCUUCAUGUAGCCUCUCAUUUGCAGGGGAUAAAACUGGAUCAGUGUGCAAAUUCAACAUUGUGCCUUCCAGAAAAGCCAAAGCUAGUUGUUGGACUGAAGGGAGCUACUUCAAACUUUUUCAUUGACAAUGCAGCUUACACACAAUUCCUUUCCAAAACUUUUGGGGUUACAUCACUUGAUAUGGAAAGCUCAGCUGUAGUAAUGACAUGUUUGUCAAGUGGAUACCCAGUUAUUGCUAUUCGUGGACUUUCAGAUUUAGCAGGGACACAAAAAGGGGAUAACACAAUAAGAUUAUUUGGAUCUUUAGCUGCUCUAAAUACAGCCAAAGUUGUUAUUAGUUUUGUUAAGUCACUGCCAGUAAACUAUGUUUCUGGAUUCUAGCUAACAUGUUUAUGAUGGCUAGAAUAUUAUCGGAGACGAAUUUAGAGCAGAUUCUGUGAGUUCGAUUAAACUUAUUAAUAUUAUUUCAAUUAUGUAUGUGUACGCAUAAAAAUAUCUAAAUGUACACGUAUAAUAAGAUCACGCUUAUUAUGAAUCAACUGUUACUUGA